AUGCCUGUCCAUACAGCUAACCUGACUAACGAUGCAAUUAUGGCUGCACAGGUAGGCUGGAACGUUGAUUCACUGAUCGUUGAUAUGCCAACGAUAGGAAAGCGCAUCACUUUCCCAAUACACACUUGGUUAGCAAAAGAUAAACUUGACGGGAAGACAACGCGGCGCUUCCCCGUUCAUGAAAACAACGUGAUCACCUACAAGCCAAUGAUCCCCUAUACUUUGACGAUCAAGACAGCCAACGUGGAGGGCGCAGGAACUGAUUGUACCGUCUACAUUCAACUGUUCGGAUUAGAUGGUACAUCCCGCGAAUUGGCACUUGAAAAGAUGGAAAACCGAUUUGAACGAGACUCUGAUGAUACCAUACCAAUCGAGCUAGAAGCAGUUGGUCAUUUACGCAAGAUUCGCAUCCGACAUGAUGGAAUGGGCCAACGUAAAGAUUGGAGGCCUGAAGUUGUCCAGAUUCACGACAUCCAGAACCUCGUCCUCUACCAUUUCCAGUGCGACGAUUGGCUCAGUCCAACGCUAGGAUUCAGGAAAAUGUUGCAUCUGGAUCUUCCAGCUAUUAUAGAUGGAGUUCCACAGCUUUCCUACAAGGCCUACAAGAUUUAUGUGCAAACUUCCAACGUUCUUGGAGCAGGGACAGAUGCUGCUGUGUAUAUUCGCUUGUUUGGAGAGUAUGGAGAUUCUGGAGAUCUCCAUCUGGCCAAGUCGAGUACGCACAAGGAUCCUUUUGAGACGAAUCAUGUGAGAAAAGUUUUUCGAAUUUCAGGUUUAUCAUUCAGGAUAUUCACGAUGCUUAGCCAUUUAAUAGUGAAUUGA